AUGUCGCCCCCAACCUCAUCGCCUUCCACGGACGGUCCUAUCGGACCCAAUCACCGUCUACCCCAUCUGGCUGCUCCCUCCCCUCCUCCCCUCCCACUUCCAGCGAUAGAUCUUGCCCCCAACCCCAUCGCCUUCCACGGACAGUCCUAUCCGACCCAAUCACCGUCUACCUCAUCUGGCACGGCACCUGGACGGACGAGCGCAAGUCUUCUCUGUUCGAAUGCAUGCUCUCCCCUUGCUCCUCCCCUCCCACCAGCGCCAAAUCUCUCCGCCAACCCUAUCGCGUUCCACGGGGGCGCGGUCCUGUCGGACCCACUCACCGUCUACCUCAUCUGGCACGGCACGUGGACGGACGAGCGCAAGGCGCCCGUGCGCGCCUUCAUUCAGUCGCUGGCGGACGUGGGCGCGGGCAGCGCGGCGGGGGGUGGCGCGGGGAGCAGCGAGGCGGGGAGUGUGCGCGAGUGGUGGAACGUGAACCGGCUGUAUCAUUCGGGUCGCGAGCACGUCACUGGGAGCAUCGUUCUCGGGACCCCCGAGGUGGAGAUAGAGGCGGCGAGCAGCGGCGAGGGGCAGCCACCCGCGUCCAAGAACGAGGUCAACGCCAUCAUCAACUACCAGCUCCGUUCGCACACCCUCCCCCGCCACGAUUCCACCAUCUACGCCGUAUUCACCUCUGAUGACGUACUCCGUUCGCGCACCCUCCCCCGCCACGAUUCCGCCAUCUACGCCGUCUUUUCUUCAUACUCCAUUUACGCAGUCUUCACCUCUGAUGACGUCGACAUGGCCGGCUUCGGCUCGUCCUUUUGCGCCUUCCAUGACGUCAGCACGGUGCACUUCACCUGGACGGGCAUGCCGUCCAGGUUCAUCCCCCAGUGCACGCAUGCAGCCGCCCCAGGUAACACCUACCCGCACGGGGACAGGGCUCUGGCCGGGCUGAUCUCGAAUUUCGCCCAUGUGCUCGCCGCAGCUGCGGCGAACCCGAACCUGCUGUCUUGGUUCGACAAGGAGGGUCGGGAGGCCAUGGGACUGUGCCGUAACAACUUUGGCACGGUGUAUACCAGUAGGGAUCCCCUGCCGGUGGAGUACAACGCGGUGGGGAGGGGUGGAGAGCGGUUCCUCCUGCCCACCAACCUCAACCCUGUCACAGGUAGCUGCGUUAACGGCCUGUCAGUCGCGCCGGGUCAAUGCGGGCCCAAGUUUUUCGGGUUCCCUUGUGACACAGUCACUGCUACCGAGGCUGGUACCGAACCUCCUGCCGAAGCUGCCGCCGCAGGCUCGGACGGCCCGGGGAGUGGGGCAGGGUCGGGGUUGGGAGCGGUGGCAGCGAGUGUGGUCGGGGGGGAGGCGGAAAAAGCAGUGGUUGGGGGGGAGGGGGAUGCUAGGAAAGUAAAGGACCCUCGAGUGGCUGAAGCAGAGGCUGCAGGGCUGGAUCUAUCAGUAGGGGGAAAGAACGUGGGGCGGUUCUUAGAACCCGGACAGUUUGACCCGGCUAAGGGGGACAGGGAGGAGGAUGAGGCGAGCAAGGGGCAGGCUGGUGGGAGUGCGGUCGAUUCGGGUGCGGGUGCGGGUUCGAAUGUGUUUGAGAGUACUGGGUAUGCGGAUGGCGGUGAGAAGGAGAAGGAGGAGGAGAGGCGUGGUGGGGGUGAUGCGUAUGGUGGUACGAAGGGUGGCGACCCUUUUUCUGUGGAAGGUUCAGGGGAAGAGGGGGUGGAUGACAAGGUCGGGGCGGACGAGGAGGUGGGGGCAGGCGAGAAGGUGGGAGCAGGUGGUGGUGCAGGAGCAGAGGAGAAGAGUGAGGGCAAGGGAGAGGGUGACAAUGAUGAGGAUGACGUGUUUCAGAGCACAGGGUACCCGGAUAGCCCAGCGGACGAGGAGGACGAGAGCAAGCAUAAGACAGGUGCUGGUGCAGGAACAGAGGAGAUGAGUGAGGGUAAGGGAGACGGCGCCAAUGAUGCAGAUGAUGUGUUUCAGAGCACCGGUUACCCUGAUGGCCCAGCGGACGAGGAGGAGGAGAGCAAGCCUAAGGCAGGAGGUGGGGGGGGCGGGAGUGUGGGGGCGGGGGGGAAGGCUCAACCGGGGGAGGUGAACCCGUUUGUGCACCACUCCAACCCGGAUGAGAAUUCUGCUGCCGCUGCUGCUACUUCUGCUUUGGCUGCAGGAGGUACUGGUGGUGAUGAUGGUGGGUAUGGGGAGGGUAGUACUGGUGAGGGUAGCACUGGCGAUGAUGGGGGCAGUGGCGUAGGUGCGGAUGAUGAGGAAACCAGUGAGAGUGGUGAUGGGGACGUGUUUGAGAGGCUUGGGUAUUCUGAGGGUGGGGAACAGGAGGGGAGUGAGAAGGGCGAGGAAGGUGAGGAGGGAAGUGAGGGCAAGGGUGGGGAGAGUGAGGAGGGGGGCGAGGAGGACGCCAGUGGAGAUGGCUCUAACGUGUUUGAGAACACAGGGUACCCUGAUAGCGACGAUGCCAGUGGUUCCAGUGCUGCUGGUGCUGCUGGUGCUGCUGGUGCUGCUGGUGCUGCUACCAACAAUGCACACCCGUCAGCCCUGUUCCCGGGCGACAGCAACUCACCAAUUGACGUAUUUGAUGACCUGGGGGACGGGGGCAGUGGGUUGGUGUCGGGUGGGUUCCAGGCAGGGUUAUUAGCGGGGUUUGAGUUUGACCUGUCGCAGUUUAAGAUGGGCGAGAGGGAGAGCCCUUCUGCUCCCCACUUGUUCCCCGACGCUGCCGCUGCUGCGGCAGUGGGGUCACACGGGGAGGUGCAGCAGCAGCAGCAGCAGCAGCAGCAGCAGCAGCAGCCACAGCAGCCGCAGCAGCCACAGCAGCCACAGCAGCCGCAGCAGGAGGAGAGGGAGAAGUGGGUGUUCUCAGGGGUUUAG